AUGACCACCCCCGACUACACGUCGGUCAUGCCGUCCUACACCUACAACGCGUUGAGUUACCAAACCUAUCAGAACCCUGCCCUGAACAGCAUCGGCUCGUCGGCGGCGUACACUCCGUACCCAUACACGAAUCCGGUCAAUUAUAAUGGUUUUAUCGCGAAUGGUGGUGUCGGCACCCUCUCAGCCACCACCUCCACCACAGCAUCCCCUACCGGCGGCCGGAAUGGCCAAUUUGGAGGUGGUGAACAGUCGCUGACGCUUCAAGAAUUGGUACCAAAAAUCCGACGAAACGGUGGCUACGGACACGCGAAACCCCCGUACAGCUACAUCUCCCUCAUCACAAUGGCCAUCCAGCGAAGUGAACAGAAAAUGAUGACGCUAUCCGAGAUCUACAACUGGAUUAUGGAUCUUUUUCCGUACUACCGCCAGAACCAGCAAAGGUCAGGCCGCGGGUGGCAGAACUCGAUUCGACAUUCCCUUUCCUUCAACGAUUGCUUUGUGAAAGUCCCAAGAACCCCAGACAAGCCUGGCAAGGGAUCGUUCUGGACCCUUCAUCAGCUAUGCGGGAAUAUGUUCGAGAAUGGCUGCUUCCUACGCCGACAGAAGCGUUUUAAGGUCCAAGAUAAGGAGCGAAGCGGAAAGAAGAGAACGCGAAACAACAACAACAACGCAGCGGCAGCAAACGCGGCAGCGGUGCAAGAACAACUGGCUCAACAGCAGCUGAUGGUGCCCCAAAUUAAAGAAGAGUUCGAGCAGAAUGAGCUGAAUACAUCCGGGGAGAAGACGGUGGACAGCGGCAUUGAGAUGAAAUCGCCUGCUCCUUUGACGGUGUUGUCGAUGGCCGGUCAUCAAGUGCAGAACGGGGAUCUUGGAUUGAAGCUCGAUUCCUCGAUCGUCACGUCAGAAAACAGUGAUACGGUGGUCGUGUCACAAUUUAACACAACGAGCCUGUCAUCCUCGAGUCUCACUCAGCCCCAGCCGACGUCUGUGAUAUCUUCGGUUGGAAGUCUUGGUCAGAAUGCGGUAAAUCCCUACCUCGGCUACCAAAUGAAUCCCAGCGAUUUGCAAAAUGCGCUCCCUACCGCCUCUUUCUUCAGCAUUGGCCAGUUAAUGGAUGGGAAUCGAUCGGCCUUCGACUACAACGCAAUGUACAACGCCCAACUCUACCAAGCCCAACCGGACGCCUAUGCCAGCUACCAAAACACCCUCUAUUCUAGCACCAACGGCUCGGCGGCAAAUUUA